AUCAUCACAGGUCCUGUAAGCACACAGCUCCUCUACAGCUGGAGGUUUCUGCAUCAUAGAAUCCUCUAUUGAUAUCUUCUGCAUAAGAUAAUUUUCCUGAUUGAUCUGUCAAAGAUGAAAAGGGAUGUAGACAAGAUGGUGGAGAGAAUAUUAAAUCUCACUCUAGAGAUACUGUAUUGGCUUACGGGAGAGGAUUACACAGUGGUGAAGAAGACCUCUAGUGAGCGCUGUCAGGGUCCUGUGUCUGAAGGAUGGGAAAGAACCCUGAGCCCAAUCACAGGGCCUCCAACUAAUUCCCUAAAACAUGAAGACAUCAAUGAACAGAAGAUCCUAGAACUCACCCACAAGAUGAUGGAGCUGCUGACUGGAGAGGUUCCUAUAAGGUGUCAGGAUGUCGCUGUCUAUUUCUCCAUGGAGGAGUGGGAGUAUUUAGAAGGGCACCAGGAUCUGUACAAGGACAUCCUGAUGGAGGACCACCAGCCCCUCACAUCACCAGAUAGAUCCAGUAAGAAAACAACACCAAAGAGAUAUCCCAGUCCUCUUCAUCCACAAGAUCAUCAGGUUUUUAAUCAGGAUAAAGAUCUGAAUGAUAUUACUUCUUCAAAUACAUAUGUGAGGAGUGAUGACCAGUAUAAGAAAGGCAUUUCUACAAAGACAUAUGUUAGAGAUGAUGUCCAGUGUAAGGAGGAAAUUACUACAGAGACAUACGUGAGAGGUGAUGACCAGUGUAAGGAGGAAAUUACUACAGAGACAUAUGUGAGGGGUAAUAACCAGUGUAAAGAAGAAAUUACUACAGAGACAUAUGUGAGAGGUGAUGACCAAUGUAAGGAGAACAUUUCUACAGAGUCAUAUGUUAUAGACGAUGACCAGUGUGAGGAGGAAAUUCCUACAGAGACAUAUGUGAGGGGCGAUAACCAGUGUAAGAUGGACAUUUCUAAAGAUACAUAUAUGUGGGGUAAUGAACAGCAUGAGGAGGACAUUCCUACAGAUAAUCAGUCAGAUGACUAUACCGAGAGCACAGAGGGUCAUGAGAUAUGUUCAGAUUUUAAAGAAGGUGAUUGUGGUACUGCACAAGAUACAUAUGAAGAGCAUGCCAUUAUCCCAGAUAUACCCUCAGACCUUCACAGCCAAGAUCUAUCAUCUGAUCCUUUUCAACAUGUCCUAUUGUCUGAUAAAUCAAAUACUGUUAAUCAGAAUAAAAAUCACACAGGGGAGAAGCUCUUUUCAUGCUCUGAAUGUGGCAAAUGUUUUUUCCGCAAAUCGUGUCUCCAUAGACAUCAGGAAAUUCAUACAGGGGAGAAGCCAUUUUCAUGUUCAGAAUGUGGGAAAUGUUUUACUCGGAAAUCACAUGUUGUUGAACACCAAAAAAUUCACACAGGAGAGAAGCCGUUUGUCUGUUCAGAAUGCGGGAAGUGUUUUUCCAUGAAGUCACAUCUUGUUGAACAUCAAAAAACCCAUACAGGAGAGAAGCCAUUUUCAUGUCCAGAAUGUGGGAAAUGUUUUACUCGGAAAUCAUAUCUUGUUAUACAUAAGAAAAUUCACACAGGGGAGAAGCCAUAUUCAUGUUCAGAAUGUGGGAAAUGUUUUACUCAAAAAUCAAAUCUUCUUAAGCAUCAAAGAAUUCACACAGGGGAGAAGCCCUUUUUAUGUUCAGAGUGCGGAACGUGUUGCUUUCAGAGAGCACAUCUCAUUGAUCACCAGAGAAUUCACACAGGGGAGAAACCAUUUUCAUGUCCAGAAUGUGGCAAAUGUUUUAGUCGGAAAUCAUAUGUUGUUGACCAUCAAAGAAUUCACACAGGGGAGAAACCAUUUUCAUGUCCUGUAUGUGGAAAGUGUUUUAACUACAAGUCAGCUCUAAUGGCACAUCAGAGAACACAUGGAGAAAAAAGAUUUUCAUGUCCAGAGUGUGGGAAAUAUUUUUCCAGCAAAGCAUAUCUUCUGAAACAUCAAAGAAUCCACACAGGGAAGUAGACAUUUGGGGGGAUAUUUAUCAAACUGGUGUAAAGAAGAACUGGCUUAGUUGCCCAUAGCAACCAAUCAGAUUCCUCCUUUCAUUUUUCUCAGCUCCUUUGGACACACAGGGAACGGCAAAACGUAUAGGUAAACGAGACUUCCUGGACAUUGACAGCUGAUUGCCAGCUACUUUUAAACUAGGGUGAAGUAAGGCAGAAAGUGCAGGUGAGGUGCAUUGUGCGCCUUCAGACUCCUCAACUACAGUAUGUUAAUCUGCUCCCAACUUUCUCUACUCGUUAUGACGUUAUGGAGGAAAGAAGAGCCAGCAAUGGCACACUACGGAAGAGAUACUUGAGAAAGUGCUGGAAAACUAGUGAAACAAUGACGCUUGAGUAAGUUCUGCCAAAGAC